AUGUACGAUCUCCACGCCCAUGACGACGCCGUCGUUGCGGUCUCAUCCCGAGUUCGACAUUUCUACGAGAGCAAGCGCCCAUUCCGCAUCUAUCAUGGCUCGACAAACAGCACACGGGAGUCCCAACGGCGGCACGACAACACCGUGGACACAUCGUCGCUCAACCAUGUUCACCAUGUCGAUGCAGAGCAAAAGACCGCACUCGUCGAGCCCAACGUGCCCAUGGACGCGCUCGUGGCCGCGACCAUCGGGAGAUCUCGCCUGGUGCCUCUGGUCGUUAUGGAAUUUCCAGGUAUCACCGUGGGCGGUGGAUUCUCGGGCACGUCGGGCGAGAGCUCUUCGUUCCGGUACGGUGCCUUCGAUACCACCAUCAACUGGAUCGAGAUUGUUCUACCGAAUGGGGACGUGACCCGGGCAUACCGUAACAAGGCCGAGAAGACGGAUCUUUUCUGGGGUGCUGCGUCGGCUUUUGGUACCCUCAGUGUAGUCACGCUUCUGGAGGUGCAGCUGAAAGAUGCGCGGCCGUACGUAAAGCUGACCUACUCGCUGCACGACCCCAUGGGCGCGACUGCCAUGAUGAGAGAAGAGAUAGAAACGGACACUUCAGUUAAUUAUCUUGACGGCAUUGUCUUCUCCCAAAGCUCAACUGUCGUCUGCUCCGGACGGCUUGCCGACGCUCCUCCGCCCGGAUCAAAAGUCCAACGAUUUGCACGGAGCAUAGAUCCGUGGUUCUACGUCCAUGCCAAACGACUUCACAAAAGGCUACAGGAGAACCCAUCUAAUUCUAUCACAGAGUCCGUCCCCCUCUUGGACUACCUCUUCCGCUACGACCGCGGCGGCUUUUGGGUUGCCAAGUACUCUUUCAAGUAUUUCCUCGUCCCGUACAAUCGCAUUACGCGUUUCAUCUUAAACCCCCUAAUGCACACGAGAGUCAUGUAUCGCGCCCUACACCUUAGUGGCCUGGCAAACUACUAUAUUAUUCAAGAUGUUGGCGUUCCGCACAACAAAGUCGGAGAAUUCACCGACUGGCUUCACAAAACAUUCAACUUUUACCCUCUUUGGCUGUGCCCUCUGCAUCUGGCGCGUGACACACCAAACGGGGGCCAUGGUCUGCAUUCCGAAUUUGCACACCUACCCCCAGACAAGCGCGGACUCAUGAACUUCGGCAUCUGGGGUCCUGGAUCUGCCAACCGGCAUGAGUUCAUCCGACAAAACCAAGCUCUCGAGCGCAAGGUGCAAGAGCUCGGAGGGAAGAAGUGGCUGUACGCGCAUGCGUACUACACGGAGGAGGAAUUCUGGUCUCAUUACGACCGCAAGUCGUACGACGCGGUAAGAGCGAAAUAUGGAGCUUCCUGGAUGCCGAGUGUCUAUGACAAAGUGAAGGUGGAUAUUGCGAGCGAGGAUCGGGAGAUGCGGAAAUGGAUACCAUGGUUAUUGGCUCUAUUUUGGAGUAUCUGGCCUUUACGAGGUCUAUAUGGAGUGUUGAAGACGAUGUUGGGUGGGGAUUAUCUGCUGACGAAAAGAAGUCAUUCUUACGCCAAAACAGACUGA